AUGAACUCAGAUAUUUUUAUGUCCAGUAGUUACGAUGCGAUGCAAUGCCAGGGAACUUUAGAGACGAAACAAAAUAUUUCCAACACAAUAACUGAAAAUAUAGACAUUUCUCUAUUUGAAGAAUUAAAGAAUGUUACGUACGAAGAGCAUCUUGACCCUUUUGUUGGUCAAUCAGAAAUUAAUUCUAGCAUUCCUGAAAUCUCGUAUGGUAUUAAAAUUCAAAACAAUGUCAACUCGACCAAUCUCAAUAAAAGAUACAUUCUCGAUGAAGUCACAGGCCAGUUAAUAGAGGAUAUGGAUAUUUUUGAGGAAAACUUAAAUAAUGAUGACUAUUAUCUCAAUGAAAAAACGGCUUCUUUACAAAAAGCACUAGAUAUAGUUAAAACCCGAAAUGAAGUUUUAGAGAGCGCAUUAAAAACCAGUUUCUCAAGUUUUACGAAACAUUCAGAAAAACAGUUGCUGAAAAAAGUGGUUUACAAUUCGAAAAAUAAACAAUAUACUUCUAAAGUGCUUGGAUUGAAAGUGACAGCAAGACUUAAACCAAAUAAGGCAAAAAAAAUUGAGAUUCCAGAAAUAAAAGCGUUCUUCGUUAGAGAUGAUGUUAGUAGAAUAACAUCAGGUAAAAAAGAAUGUAGAGUAAAAAAUAAAAAUAAACGACAGAUUAGGUAUCUUGUUGACAGCAUAUCAAAUCUUCAUAAGAAAUACAGAGCACAGGGAGGGCAUUAUGGCAUUACUACUUUUUACAAAAACAAGCCUUUCUUUGUUUUAUCCCCUCAUAUCCAAUCAAGAUCAACUUGUUUGUGCGAAAAACAUGAUAAUAUCAAAUUUCAAUAUGAGAGUCUAAGGAGACAUCGUAUUAUAAACGAUGAUUUUGACAAAUUGUUGCAAGAUUUAGUUUGUGACACCAAAAAUCUUGAAUGUAUGUACAAUAAAUGCAAGAAAUGCAAAAACAAAACCCCAAAAUUUCCGGAAGAUCAGGACAUAUCACAUACGGUUAAUUGGAAGCAGUGGGAACGCCAAGAUCAUGCGUAUACAAAAAAGGGUGGAACGACAGUUCACACAAAAAAGACUGUUCGAGUAACCAAAACUGACACAGCGCAAAAAUUGAUCGAUGAUUUUACCCACGAUAUUAUAGCUUUUAAGAGACAUCAUUAUAACAAUAUUCACCAACAAAACGAAUAUCGAAAAUUGGUCAAUAAUUUGAAAGCUACUGAGGCUGUUAUAAUUUGUGAUUUUUCAGAAAAUUAUCAGAGUAAACUAACGGAAGAAAUACAAUCCAUGCAUUUUGAUGCUUCCAAAUCUCAAAUCAUUCUCCAUACCGGUAUGAUUUAUUUAAAAAAUAGUUCACAAUCUUUUUGCACGAUAUCUGACAACCUCACUCACCAACCUCCAGCAAUAUGGGCCCACCUGACUCCUAUUUUAGAUACAGUUAAAGACAUGUGCCCCAAUGUAGAUGUUAUCCAUUACUAUUCGGACGGUCCAACAUCUCAGUAUCGACAGAAAGUCAAUUUUUUUUUACAUUAUCUAUUUACCAGGCAACUUAAUCUCUCUUAUUCAACAUGGUCAUUUUUCGAAGCCGGUCAUGGCAAAAGCGUGGCAGAUGGAAUCGGUGGCACAAUAAAACGGAUGUUAGAUAAGAAGGUAUGUCAUGGCGCCGAUAUAAAAAAUGCUAGAGAUGCAUACGAGGCAAUCAAACAAUCUGACACAAUGAUACAGGUUCACCUUAUUGAGGAAGAUGCUAUAAAUACAAUUACGAAUGCAAUCCCUGACAAUGUACGAGUGUUGCCCGGUACUAUGAAAGUACACCAAAUAAUUACCGACACACAGACAGACGGAUAUAAAAUAAACUACAGAGAUGUCAGUUGUUUUUGUGACCCGCUAAGAGGAAAGUGUUCUUGUUUUUCUCUGGGUGAACACUGUCUACUAUCAUACAACGGCGAUCCAAUACAACCACUACCAUCCUCUGCAGUUGAGGAUGAGGCUGAUUUGUUACAUGAUUUAGUUGAACUUCAGCUUCCAUCACCCGCACCUUCUUGUAGUAUUAUAUACAAAUUUAUAUUCAAGGCUAUUUUAGUACAUGCGAAACCUCGUAAGGGGGUCAUUAUGAACAUCUUUUACUAUGCGACCAACCCUGAAAUCGAGAAAAAAAAUCUGUUCCAUACAUUUGUGCACAUCUCAGUUGUCGAAAUG